AUGUCUAAUGAAAUUAAAAUACACAAAUAUUUUGACCAAGAUCCUGCAAAUUGGAGCAUUAUCGGGUUUCUAAAUGAAUGCGAACUAGAGCCUAUUGAAAUGAAAAUAGAUUCUUACAUAAAAGGGCUCAAACAAAUCGUUUGCUAUGAGCAAGACAUCAAGAAAAAAAAUGCCCAGGCGUUCAUUCAAGGCUUUUUGCCGAGCCACGAAACUGGUGUUGGCGCAACAGUGACCUCACUUGAGUUAUCUGAUGCCAAAGGCUUCUUGCCGACCCAACCUCGGACCACUGGUGUUGGCGCAACAGUGACCUCACUUGAGUUAUCUGAUGCCAAAGGCUUCUUGCCGACCCAACAUCGGACCCACUGGGGCACAGGUGACCUUCUCGGAUCCAAAACAAGACCGCAAAAAAGCAAGAGUGGGGGAGAAGCGCUCGCUUCUGUUUCCUUCGAUAACCCCUUUGAUAACCAAUCACAAGAUCUUAAUAAUAGCACAAUACCUGGUUCAGAGACUGAAUCCAUUAAUGUAUUUAAUAGUAUAAGCAGUGAAGCAAAGGAUCAUGUGUCUGAUGACGAUUUCAUGCCUAUCCAAUCAAAACAGAAAAGAAAUUUAUCUUUACCAAAGGCUGAUGAUAAUAAAGAUCCUAAGUCAACUGAUAGCAGUUCAAAACAGCGUAAGAAGUCAUCUGGAAAAGCAGAAAAGUCAGACAUAUCAGAAAAAAUUGAAUAUCAGGAUGAAUCAGUCACAAAAACAAAUAGGCAAAAGAAAAAUAACAAUAUUAGACGUAUAUUUGUGUUGGAAUGGAAUUUAUAUGAGGACUUGAAACGAAUAGUUACAGAGUGGAUCAUUGAUGGCACAAACAUAAGUGAAGCAUUUUUUCGUUUCAAAAGUUUUGCUGAAUCAAAAGCAGAUAGAUAUGAGUUGAAAUUCUUCGAGCACCCCAGCGAAAUUCU